AUGAAGAAAUCGGGACUUACUUUACCAACGAGGAAUGUUCUUACGGGUGCCGUUGUCAACUGGGACGACGACGAAAUGGCUGGUCUCGGGGACAAUCCAGAGAACCUUACAUUGGCCUGGAAGGACUUAUCAGUUUACAGAAAAAAGAAACAUCAACCGAGUAUAUGGAAAUCAGCGACAUACGAAGAAGUCAAAGUACUCCAUGGAGUGAGCGGUGUUGUAUCAUCCGGUAACUUGGUAGCGUUAAUGGGUUCAAGUGGAGCCGGCAAGACGACAUUGCUGGCAGCAAUCAGUCGCAGAGAUAAAAGCGCGACGACUGGUUAUCUCAUGCUUAAUGGGAGAUUGGCCGGCGCAGACCUCAUUGCCCGUAUCUCGGGCUUCGUGCCACAGGAAGACCUUUCCAUUGGCGACUUGACGGUCACUGAACAUAUGGAGUUUAAGGCACGUUUGAUGAUGGACAAGCGGUCGAGUGCAGCCGUGAGAACACGACGCAUUCAGCAGUUGCUGGGGGAGCUCGGCGUAACAAACUGCACUCGCACCAAACUGAAGGCACUGUCGGGUGGCGAACGGAAAAGAGUAGCUUUGGCUGUACAGCUAUUGAACGACCCACCCAUACUCUUCUGUGAUGAACCGACAACUGGUCUGGACAGUUUUGCGGCCAGUGCCGUAGUCGGCAGGCUCAGAAGACUUGCUAUUGGUGGAAAACUUGUAAUAUGCUCCGUACACCAACCUGCAUCUGGUGUGUUUGAGCUGUUCCAUCAAGUUGUACUCCUCGCUAAUGGAAGAAUAGCAUUUCAUGGGACUAUCGAGCAGGCUGAUCAGUUCUUCGCCUCGCUCAACUACAAAUGUCCACUUGGAUUUAAUGCGGCGGAGUAUUACGUCUCUCUGUUAGGAAUAGAAACAGACAAGGAGGUAGAGAGUCGCGAAAGGAUCCGUCGCAUCUGCAACGAAUACCAGCGGUCACAGUUCGCGACUGCCAUUGAGAACCAGAUAGGAGACAUCAAGGAUGAACACGAAUACUUCAAUGGUACCGUGGAUGAAAAGAAUGCAUACUUCGAGCGAUAUUUAACACUAGUCAAAGUGAACUAUUUCGUUCAGUUCUAUUGGUUGCUGUGGAGAAAUAUACUUGCGGUUAAACACAACAGUUCCACAUGGAUAGCUGAAUUUUUUCUCCUAAUGUUCGUAGGUGUUAUUAUAUCGGUGCCUUAUGCUGGUCUCUUCGAAAGUUUGGACCAGCGGGAUAUCCAGAAUGCCGAAGGUCUUCUUUACCUCACAAUUACGGAGACCAUCUUCCUUUCCAUAUACGCAGUGUUCAUCACGUUCCCCAGCGAAGUGCCAAUACUACUUCGGGAAACCGCAAGUGGACUGUAUUCUCCGUUGCCAUACUACUUAUCAAAGAUGGUAUUCUGGAUACCGCGGGCGGUUAUUGAGCCGAUACUUUUCGCUUCGUUAGUUUUUUAUGUAGCGGGACUUCAAGGAGGUUUCGUGAACUGGCUGGGUUUCUGUUUUGUGUGCGUUCUGUGCUCAAACUACGCUAAUGCUUACGGUUCAUUUUUAUCCUCCGUUUUUGACAAAAUGGAGACAGCUGCUUUGGUUUCCGUUCCAUUCGAACUCAUAGGCACCAUGUUUUCGGGCGUCUACCUCAACCUGGCCAGCGCGUUGCCUUACGUCUCAUGGCUCCGCUUCGUCUCCGGAUUUUACUAUGGUGUCGAAAGCAUCUCUAUCCUUCAGUGGGAUUCCAUCGAGACUAUCGAGUGUAAGACUCCCGGUGUUCCGUGUAUUAAGACCGGGCCGGAGGUGUUGAGAAAAUAUGGUUUCGGUGAAGAGAACUUCUGGAGGAAUUGCGUUUGCUUGGUUCUCAUGUAUUUUGUUGCUCACUUUAUAGCGUUUAUAAUGGUCGUAAAACGGAGUAGAGGAACGCCGGUGUAUUAA